CGCUGUGGUGCUGCUGCAGCAUGAACAUCAGAAUUCAACUGUCGGUGCUGUCUGUGAUGUGAACAGUCAAAUCGUAAUGGCGACUGCUGGAACAGCAGACUCGGGAUCAACAGCCCCGACAGGGACCAGUGGCAUCCGAAAAAUGGCCCCUGCAGAGAUCCCUGGCUCUUCAGGUACAACUCAGAGUAUGAAGAAGACCAUUGGACACCGGGGCGUUGAGACCACCACAGGAGAGACCACCUAUAAAAAGACCACGUCAUCUGCCCUAAAAGGUGCCAUCAUGUUGGGCAUUGCUCACACAGUUGGCAGCUUAAGCCAAAAGGCAGAAAGGGAUGUUCUCAUGCAGGACUUUGUGGUGGUCGAAAGCAUUUUCUUCCCCAGUGAAGGCAGUAACCUGACUCCUGCUCAUCACUACAGUGACUUUCGCUUUAAGACCUACGCUCCUAUUGCCUUUCGUUACUUCAGGGAACUCUUUGGCAUCCGGCCAGAUGACUACCUGUAUUCUCUGUGUAACGAGCCACUGAUCGAGCUGUCUAACCCCGGAGCCAGCGGAUCCAUCUUCUAUGUCUCUAGUGAUGACGAGUUCAUCAUCAAGACUGUUCAACACAAAGAGGCAGAGUUCCUACAGAAACUCCUGCCUGGAUACUUCAUGAAUAUAAACCAAAAUAAGCGCACACUGCUACCCAAGUUCUACGGACUGUAUUGUGUUCAGGCAGGGGGCAAGAAUAUCCGUAUUGUAGUGAUGAACAAUCUUCUGCCUCGGACCAUUCCCAUGCACCUCAAAUAUGACCUGAAGGGGUCCACCUAUAAGAGACGAGCUUCCCCUAAGGAGAGAGAGAAGGCCGUUCCCACUCACAAAGACCUGGACUUUAUCCAGGACUUGCCUGAUGGCCUGCUGCUGGAAGCAGACAACUACAAUGCCCUGUGCAAGACUAUACAGAGGGACUGCUUGCUAUUGCAGAGCUUCAAGAUCAUGGAUUACAGUCUGUUAAUGGGCAUCCACAACAUGGACCAAGCCAGUCGAGAGCGGGAGCGCGGUGGGGGCAAUUCAGGGGACAGUGGGGGGUCGGAGGGAGCAGUGACGCCAGAUCAACGCCGGCCACAAGCCCAGAAAAGUCUGUAUUGUACAGCCAUGGAGUCCAUUCAGGGGGAGGCUCGAGGGAAGGGAGCAUUGGAUUCAGAAGACCACAUGGGCGGUAUUCCAUCUCGUAAUACGAAAGGAGAGAGGUUGCUGAUCUACAUCGGCAUCAUUGACAUUCUCCAGUCCUACAGGUUUAUUAAGAAGUUGGAGCACUCCUGGAAGGCCUUGGUCCAUGAUGGGGACACAGUUUCAGUUCACAGACCUGGCUUCUAUGCAGAUCGUUUCCAGCAAUUCAUGUGCAACACAGUGUUCAAGAAAAUUCCACUAAAACCAUCACCAUCUAAGAAGAGUCGUGGUGGAGGUCAGGGAGGUCUUAGGAGGGCCCCCACCCUGGGAGCUCCCACGCCGCUCUCCCAUGCAACAGGACAGUCAGCCGUUGACUCCAAACUAGUCUACCACAGCCACUUUAAAAGCACAGACUCAGAGGCAGACAGCGGCGUGCAGUCGGGCAGACCAGAUCUUGUUCCGAGGACCCCUCCACUUGUAGAAAACCCUGCUGACUGUGAGGCCAACCUGUCCACCUCAUCACUAGGCAGCACAGGGGUUGCCUCCACCUCGCCUCCCCUACGGUCUGUAGGGGUGGAAGUGCACAAAUCAGCAAACACAGACUUUGACCAGGGUUCUUCCCACAGUUUGGAGGCAGGAGGGGCUUUAGAUAAUUCAGGCAACCUGCCUGGAAACGAAGAUGUAGUUUCGCUCUCAGACAUCAUCCCUGAGACCAACAUCUGUUUUUAAAAAAACAGACACAGUGCCAUCUAAAGAUGCGUUUUUGGACGGGGUGACAUGGGAGAAGUGAGGACAAAGAGAGUGAAAGUCACCCAUCCACCACAGACGCUCCACUGCACCUCUGUUUUCUCACCCAAAGGGAUCGCUGGAUGAAGUAGCGAGGUGCAGUGGAGGUUGUGACAAUGAAGAAAGGUGGUGAGAGAUCAAGAAGAAGACGGUGUGCGGUAGGAUUUAGGCUUUCCCAGCCAUCAACACUGUCACUGUGCGCACGCAUUUGCCCCCCAAUGUCCCAAAGCCAAAUUGUUUUUGAUAUACACCUGGGAAAAAAAGCUUAUGACCCUGAAUUGGCAGCUCUUUAGUAGCUCUAGCAGCAUUACAUUGAUUAAACAAAGAUGAUGCUGCGAUGACAUUAUAAACAAAAUAAUUAGUUGUAUAUUGUAAAAAAAAGGGAAAAAAAAGCCCAUGCCCCAGUCACCAGUGGAUGGUGAGGGCAGUCAAAUGAUCCAUGAAGAGUCAGUCAUCAGGUCCACUUUACGCAGCAUGAAGCGAUGUGAGAUGGCACAGACAGCAGUUCAGCAAGAACACACAGCACAUGAAGGGAAUAUCCUGCAUUUGUAGGAAUGAAUAUUUUCCUGUGUGUUCAUGCACAGUCUAAGUGGGUUCACAUUUCCGGGAUUCACACUCUAGUGUUCCCGUUACUGCACUUCCAUUUCCCCUCGGCACUCCUCAUGAGCAGGGGCACUCGGAGCUUUUAGUGGUCAAAUCAACACUUGCUGCUGUUGACUCUGCAAUCAUGUAUGCAUUUCUUUUUACUGAUUGUGGAUGUACAGGUAUAUGUAUGAAAUUGGAUUUUGAAACAGCAGAAGGAUAGGUCGAAACCGACCUAUACAGUAAUUUUCUCUCAUGUUUUGUUUUAAGUUAUUCUGCUGGAAGCCACGGUGGUGCUGCAAAGGUCCAGCUAGAUCUUUCCACUGCUGAAUGUACAUUACAAUGUUUUUCGUAUAUAGAAUGUGUCUUAUUAACAUGGCAGACCGCAUUUGUACCACCCUAAAAAAAUAUCCCCCUCUGAUGUGACCAUAUGUGCUCAAGUAUAAAUUAAUACAGAGAGAAGAGCUGUCGACAGCAUUGCUGGCCAGUAGAUGCUGUUAAAUGAAGUCAUGCUAUUAAGCUAAUAGAACAGUAAUAGUUGCCAGCCACUUUCAUUUGUCUAUCAUGUCUGUGCCUUUUACAUGUUUAUCCCUUCCCUAACGUGAUGUAUAACUGACAUUUUUUACAGGUUAGUGUUGUAGUGACACAGACAAACCUGCCUUAUCACUACAGCUGAAGUCAUCUAAUAGCCAUUUGUAUGUCUGGAACCACCACCACUUGUCAGGGUAUAAAAGAAUUUCAGAUUUUAAUUCAAACACUAGUACAAUCUCUUUUGGUUAAAUAUAUGUCGAGUGUUCAGUCACUGUGGUUCAUCAGCUCAACUUUAUCCUUUUAACUCUCCUGACAUCAGAGAGUAAAGAUGUUUAUCUCUCAUUAAUCAUUUCUGCUGGUUACAGAAAUGACACCCGCCCACAUCCACUCUUGGACCAAUAUUACUAACCGUGUGAAUAACUAAUUUUUGUAUUUUUUUUUUAUUUUUUUUUUGUAUCUAGUCUUACUCAGCUUUUACUCGGGCUGUUCAUAAAAAUGAUGCUUUGUUUUCACAAAAUGUUGUGUGUUUAUCUUAUAGUUUAGGGCACUAAACAAGCUCCUGAGGUGGCCGGCAGAGAGCUUUUUACCCCCAUGAGAUAUUUCUGAUACAGAAAUUUGAAUCACUACCAAGUGACUGUAGCAAAACUCAAGAUCUUAGACAUCAUCUCAUCUAAUGAAUUACUGUUUAUGUUUGUUAGACACAUGUGGUCUAUGCAGCAGAGAGGGAGAUGGGGAAAUGUGAGUUGUGAAUAUAGAAAGAAGGAAAACUACUCAUGUUCAUCGAUGCACAGUUGAAGAUUUAGGACUAAGUCUUUUGUAUUAUAGGCACCAAAGAAAAGAGUAGGGAGGUCCUGCAAAUGUUCAGGAUCCAGUACAGUUAACAUGAAAAUGAAAUUAGACACUCCUCAAUACCUACAUGGAUUGAUAUGUUGUAUAUGGUAAUAACACUGGGUUGACCUGUGUUUUAAGGAUCUAUUAUUAAACUGGAUGGGUUUUUUUGCUAAAUAAUUUCAUGUCUGAUUAAGCUGUAUCUGACAUAAACCUAGUCCCUGUAAAGAUUUAUUUUUUAUUUAUCAAAGAAUUGGUUUACAUUGUGGCCUGAGAUAUUUCAAGAUUUAACUCCACAUUCCUGUGAAAUUCAAGUUAAAUUUAGUACAAUUGUGGUAGCUCUUAGAACCCAUUAUUUUCCUACCUUUGUGUAGUUGGGAUGAUGUACUUGAUAUGAAUUAUUUCUGGUAUUAUGCUAAAGUGUAAAACAUUGAUUAUUUCAAACAGAUCAGUUCAAAGUUGUAUUUAGUUGGUUAAGAGUCAAACAGCCACCAAAGAAAACACUCCAAGAAAUUCUCUCAUUUAGAAAAAUCCAGAUUAUAUUUUGUAACACCUGCAUUUUGAUGUUUUAUGUUGUAACAUUUUCUAAUGAGUGGUACAGUGUAAUUGCUGGAUGCAGACCAGUUCUGUCACAGUUGUUUUGUACUACACAAUGGCACAAGAGAAACAUCAUCCUUCGGUGCUUAAAGGGGCGGUGCACUCAGUAUAGACACUACAGAAUUUUUGAAGUAAUGCAAUAUGAACACAAUCUGCCACCUUUCAGCUCUAAGAAGUAUAUUUAUUAAUAUGGUUGAUUGUUGCAGGUUGGAAUGAUAAAAGUUGUGUUAUGUACCUUAGCUGAUUGUAUGUAUACUGUAUACUGACAGAAGGAUGUCUGAAACUUUAUAGCAUGUAUUGCCUAUGAAGAGGUAGACUGUUUGACAAUUUCACUUUUUAUAUUUCAUGUUAAGAUUGUGAUAUGAUAGUCUCUCCAUGAUGAUUCUGGGUUGUUAAUCUCCCACGCUUUUUCUACAUGAAUGUUUCACACGGCUUACGAGCCAAACGUUGCUGGUUGUCCUAUAUGCUUCAAUUACUAUAUUUUUACUGUGUAUAAAAUGUGUAUAUGUACAUAGGAGUCACGAAAAUGCCUUCUAAUGCAAUAUGUGCUGCCUGUCCCUCCUGCCAUGUUUCAGUUAUGUGGUGGUGAUGUUUUCAUGUCUGAUUUUAAAGGAUUAAACAUAUUUUCUAAAUCUUG